AUCACAUAUGACGCUCUAACUGAUCUGAAGUCGAUGGCAGCAGGGGUUCAUUGCAAGACAGGAUAAAAACUGCGACUUAAUGUUUAACGGUACUAACAUUAGCUAGCUACAUAGCGAGAUUACAGCUAGCUAAAUGCUCGGCAAUAGUCUGUUAGCAUUAACGUUACUUCUGCUAGCCGCUUGAAGAGGUAGCUGCUGUUGGAUAACUUGUCAGAAACUUCUGGAAACGUGAGGCUAGCUUGGCUAACGUUACUGUUAAUCAAAAUAUAACGUUACUGUUGUAGCAGUUAACAGUAUUCUACCAAUGACUGAAAAAGAGGAGACUAUGGACGCUUCUGAUAGCCAUGACAGUGCGCCAUCAGUGAAGAAGAAUGGACAAACCUCGUUGCUGGACAGCGGGGAAGACUUUGAGGUUUUAGAUGAAGAAGACAUUGACGACGUCCCCCCUCCUCUGGAAGAUGCCGGGGGCGGGAAGGGGAAAAACACAGAUGAGUCUGAAAAAAAUGCUGACACAGAUUCAGACCCUCCAGGUCAAGUGGAAGAAUGGCUGGAUGUAUUAGGUAAUGACCAGCUAAAGAAAAAAGUCCUGGAGGCAGGGGAAGGGCAAGACAGUCGGCCACAGAAAGGACAAAAUGUAAAGAUUCAUCUUAAAACAUACCUGAAGGACGGAACACUUGUAGAGGAGCAGCCUUACCUCUCUUUCACUCUUGGAGAUGGGGAUGUCAUCCAGGCUCUGGAUCUCACAGUGCAGCUCAUGGAAAUGGGAGAGAAGGCCCUCAUCCAGGCUGACGCAAAAUACGCAUAUGGUUCCCGGGGGAGUCUUGAACCAGAGGUUCCCCCCAACGCUGAGCUGUCCCUAGAAGUGGAACUGCUGGAAGCUAUUGAUGCCCCAGACCUGGAGCUGCUGCCCCCUGCAGAAAGGAUUGGCCUGGCCAUCCAUAAGAGAGAGAGGGGCAAUGUUCAUUACCAGCGUGGGGACUACGCUUUUGCUGUGAAUUCAUACAGCAUUGCCCUGCAGAUAACAGAGUCUAGUUCUAAAGUUGACAUAAGUCCUGAAGAGGAGAAUGAGCUGAUGGAUGUGAGAGUGAAGUGUUUAAACAACAUGGCUGCUUCUCAGCUGAAACUGGACCACUAUAAUGCAGCACUUAAGUCUUGUGUCUCGGCACUAGAACACCAGCCAGACAACAUAAAAGCACUUUUCCGCAUGGGAAAGGUACUAGCCUUGCAAGGUGAAUACACAGAAGCCAUUCAAACUUUGAGGAAGGCGCUGAAGUUGGAACCAAGCAACAAGACAAUCCAUGCAGAGCUCUCCAAGCUGGUGAAGAAGAACUCGGAGCAGAGAGGAGCAGAGCAGGCCAUGUAUAAGAAGAUGCUGGGUAACCCUGCUAGUAGCGGCAGCAGUUCACAGAAACACCGGGCCAAGUCUUCAUGGGGUCUUAGCUGGAAGUGGCUUUUCGGUGCCACUGCAGUAGCCAUUGGCGGUGUAGCAUUAUCCGUUGUCAUAGCUGCUAGAAAUUGAACCAUGCCUGUGAUGAGCCUGACCAAGCCCCUGCAACGUGAGCCUAAACAUAGAAGCACAUCUGGCAGCGACUUCUCACCUUUUUGUCGAAGGGGGGGUGGAAAUGUCGGUCAGUUGCCUCUUCGCUGUCACUCUCCUUUCUCUGCUAUGUUUGAGAACUAUAUGUGACAAUUAAUAAAACAUCAAGAUUUGCAUAUGGGAAAUGUAUUUCCAACCUUAUAAACGUGUAGGUUUAUGAAUAUCUGUCACGUUGCCAGACACUGUUUUCUUUUGCUGCCAUUGUUCUUGUCUUUGGUAGUUAAUGUUGCAAAUUGAUUAUUAGAGAAUCGAAAUGUAAAAUAAAUUGCCGUAGAUUCAGAUAGGAGCUAUUUAAGAAUAUUUUUCCUACUAAUAAUAGAAUCGUGAUAUGGUCCUUUGUAAUGCUAUAGUUUUAAAGCUUCAGAUUGUGCAGUUAAAUUAAUAUGUCCUAUCCAAGAGAGAAUAAUGUAAUCCGAGAGAGAAUAAUGUAAUGCAGAUGCUCUAUUAUUUGAAGUCCACACGUUGGCAAAGUAUAUCUGGCUUGUGUGCUAGCUCUCACACCCUUUCUAUAGACUCAACUCAUACGCUAAGUGACCAGAAAAAUAGGAACACCUGUACAAUGUCAUGCAAUACAAUACAACAGUCAGUUUUUGUUGAGACUGUUGAGUCAGUUCUAUGGUGUGUAUUGUGGCUGGAGUUUGUUGUGAUAUCAAAUUGAAAGGUGUUCCUAAAAUUGUAUCCACCUCAUAAAAAUAUAUAAGAAACACUUCACAAAAUAAUGCAGUUAAAUAAAAUACAGCAAACUGUCAACAGCAACGAACAGAAAUAACAUGAAUCAUGGGGGGCUCAAUAUUCUUGGUCACUUGUGUAUACAGUACAUACAUUAAAGCAGCAGCUGAAGUAGAUUAACUGUUGUCAACUUUUGUUAAAUUACUAAUUUCUUGUUAAUAAAGCUGCAGUUAUUACCUUUUAAAACAAGGGCAGCAAAUGGUACAUCGUUUCUAAGUGAUGUGGCUAUGAAUAAUAAAUGAGAAUUUAUUUUUCAGUCAAUUAUACCUCAAUUUUUGAUGAUUAAGACCAAAUGUUGAAGGAUGUUCAAGUACAAUGUUGGGUGUGUAUUUUUUUUUGUCCCCUACAUUUUAUUGCCUGCAAAGCUUUCCUUAAAUUAUGUUGCUUUGGGUGUUAAUUCCACUGUUUUUGAUCAUUGCUUUUAAGUUAAUGUGACACCGCAGAAUCUGUGGCUUCUUCAGAGUAGAUGGUAGACCUACAGAGCCAAAAGUUGCAUAAACUCUUUAGUUGGUGACAUAUUAAGUGGUUGUGAAAGUUCCCGGCAUUCCAUAAAUUUGUUAAUUUUAUAUUCAUCAUAAUAAAAAAUGUGUCUGUUAUCAAA